AUGACGGUCAGCAGAGAUGCCCAAGGGAAGGUCACUUUCCCACCAAUCAGUAACCCGGGGAUUUUCCCGCCGACCUGCAUCAUUGAUUACUUAUUUCAUUUCUAUAGGACAACUAAUCUCCGGCAAUUCUCUCAACCCCAAACUUUCCCGGACGAGAAGUUGCAAUUCUCAGUACGUAAUACCAAGGCCACCUCGGCAGCCAACCGAUCGGGGAUCCAAUCAGGCGGACGAGGCUUAUCUGGACGAGGAGGUGCAAGGGCGCAGGAACUUGAGGCGAAAAGUCGCCGGGUGGCCAUCCAGCAUGCCUGGCCACUUUUCUGUUACGUGUGGAAAACAUUCGCCAGUGUUGAUCGAUCGCUUCAUCCGGAGAUUCUCUUAUUGAUCCUGAUGACUGUUUUCCCAAUUUCCUGUCUGGUUUACCUCAUGCCAAUUCCAUUACUAGUUAUAAUCAACUGA